CGCGUCUUGUGUUGGUUCUGAUAGAAAGCUUCGUCUUUCCUCCUUUCAGCCGAUUUUUUUUUUUUAACAACGUAAGCCUGCCCGAGAAUGAUGCGCAAAUUGUUCUGCCAACGAUACACGCAAAUGAGUUUGAUACCUGCAGCGAGGCGUAGUGAAGAGCAGACAUAAUUUUGACUUUGGAAACGAGGGAUGGGCCGGCAGUAUGCCACACAGGCCUCGCCGCCACAGUCGCAUUGCGUGUUUUGUGAUGGCUGCUGUGCUGGGUAACCUUUAUCUCAUAACUUGGCAAACAUAAUUUGUUACGCCAUGGGCGUCUCACAUCGCGCGGGGAUUCUCUUUGUGUUGUGUGCCACCACGGAAGCUGUUCAUUUUUUUUGACACACCUCAACCCUUCCAAGCCUGCUCGCGCUCACGACUUGCUCUCUGCGUCUGGUACCAUGGUGGCUUUUACAGCAUUCGACAUGGCUGAUGAGGAGUUUCAUGCCGCCGACGCCGGUGCUUCGGACGUCUACCCCAUGCAGUGCUCGGCUCUGCGCAAGAACGGCCAUGUCGUCAUCAAGGGCCGUCCCUGCAAGAUUGUGGACAUGUCCACCUCCAAGACUGGCAAGCACGGUCACGCCAAGGUCCACUUGACCGCCAUUGAUAUCUUCACUGGCAAGAAGCUCGAGGAUAUCUGCCCCUCCACCCACAACAUGAACGUCCCUAACGUUCGUCGUACUGAGUACGAGCUUGUGGACAUUGAUGAUGAGGGCUUCAUGUCCCUCAUGACCACCGAUGAGUCUGGUGACACCCGCGAGGACAUUCAGCUCGAUGAGUCCAGCGAAAUUGGUCAGGAGAUCAAGAGCAAGUUCGAGGAUGACAGCGAUGACAUCCUUGUCGUCAUCAUCCAGUCCGCCAUGGGUGAGGAGGCCCCCGUUGCCGUCAAGACCAGCAAGUAAAUGGCUUCAAUCUCGUAAAAGAUGGUGCUCGCGUUAGCGGGAACCAACUUGAGUCGUGCCUUUUUGUCCGUGCUUGAUCGUAGUGUCAAGCCGUUGUCUGGUUGCGUUUCUUUGCCGUGCCUUGCCUCUUUUUUUGUUUGGCUGGUGAUGGUUGGUGUCAGGGCUGCCGUGGUCACGUGCCAUGGCUGCCCGCGCCAUGAUGUGUGUGGUUGUUCCUCUUUUUUUUCCCUCAACGCGAUUUCCAAUCCCGGACCGUCAAGGCCGCGGAGGUCGACGCUUUCUU